UACAUCGCUCUUUGACCCCGUGAAGCCACCGCCCGGAGCUAAGAUGGCGGCGUCAGUGGCAGGGGUAGCCAGGCGGCUGCGGCGGGCCCUACGAAGAUCGCCCUCGUGGUUGGGUCCCAGCCGAAAGCCGCUAUCCACCCUGCCCCCUCCAACCCAGGGCUCGGCCGUGCGGGACGCCUUCCUGAGCUUCUUUCGCGAUCGCCAUGGCCACCGGUUGGUGCCCUCUGCUUCCGUGCGGCCCAGGGGCGACCCCAGCCUGCUUUUCGUCAAUGCGGGCAUGAAUCAGUUCAAGCCCAUCUUCCUGGGCACUGUGGAUCCACGAAGUGAGAUGGCUGGCUUCCGACGUGUGGCCAACAGCCAGAAGUGUGUGAGGGCCGGAGGACGCCACAAUGACCUGGAAGAUGUGGGCCGAGACCUUUCCCACCACACCUUCUUUGAAAUGCUUGGCAAUUGGGCUUUUGGAGGUGAAUAUUUCAAGGAAGAAGCUUGCACCAUGGCCUGGGAACUGCUGACUCGGGUCUAUGGGAUCCCUGAGGACAGGCUGUGGGUCUCCUACUUUGGUGGUGACCCCAAGGCAGGACUGGACCCAGACCUGGAGAGCAGGGACAUCUGGCUCAGCUUAGGAGUGCCUAGCAACCAUGUGCUUUCCUUUGGACCACAAGAGAACUUCUGGGAGAUGGGAGACACUGGCCCCUGUGGGCCCUGUACUGAGAUCCACUAUGACCUGGCUGGUGGGGUGGGAGCCCCCCAGCUGGUGGAGCUUUGGAAUCUGGUCUUCAUGCAGCACAACAGAGAGGCCGACGGAAGCCUGCAGCCCCUGCCCCAGCAGCACGUGGACACAGGAAUGGGCCUGGAGAGACUGGUGGCUGUGCUGCAAGGCAGGUGCUCCACCUACGACACUGACCUCUUCUCCCCGCUGUUCCACGCCAUACAUCAGGGCUGUGGGGCACCCCCAUACUUGGGCCGAGUAGGGGCAGCAGAUGAGGGACACACAGACACAGCCUACCGUGUGGUGGCUGACCACAUCCGCACGCUCAGUGUUUGCAUCGCUGAUGGUGUCUCCCCGGGAAUGUCGGGUGCCCCGCUGGUCCUUCGCCGGAUCCUCCGUCGAGCUGUGCGUUUCUCCACUGAGGUGCUUCGGGCACCACCUGGCCUCCUAGGCAGCCUGGUGCCCGUGGUAGUGGAGACACUGGGAGACGCAUAUCCAGAACUUCAGAGGAACUCAGCCCAGGUAGAAAACCCUGGGGAUGGGAGAGCAGUGGAGAAGGGCUUCCUACAAGGGACCCAGCUCCACUGCCUCCUGCCUGGCCAGAUAGCCAGCCUGGUGUCGGAGGACGAGGCUGCCUUCCUGGAUUCCCUGCAGCGAGGCCGACGGAUCAUUGACCGCACCCUGAAACGUCUGGGGCCUUCCGAUCUGUUCCCUGCUGAUGUGGCCUGGUCCUUGUCACUGUCUGGGAACCUGGGGCUCCCCCUGGACCUGGUGGAGCUGAUGCUGGAGGAGAAGGGCGUGCAGCUGGACUCUGCGGGGCUGGCACAGCUGGUGCAAGAGGAGGCCCAGCUCCGGGCCCACCAGGCUGAGCCAGCUCAGGAGCAGAGACUGUGCCUCAAUUUGCACGCACUUGGGGAGCUGCAGCACCGUGGUAUGACCCCCACUGAUGACAGCCCCAAGUACAGCUACUCCCUACAGCCCACUGGGGAAUACGAGUUUGGCCCCUGUGAGGCCCAGGUGCUGCAGCUGUACACGGAGGAUGGGGCUGCUGUGGCCACCGUGGGGCCAGGCCAGCGCUGCGGCCUCCUUCUGGACAGGACCAACUUCUACGCCGAACAGGGCGGCCAGGCUUCAGACCGGGGCUACCUGGUGCGGGCUGGACACCAGGAUGUGCUGUUCCCUGUGGCCCAGGCCCAGGUCUGGGGGGGCUUCAUCCUUCACGAGGUUCUGGCCUCCGAGCACCUGCAGGUGGGGGACAAGGUGCAGCUGCAUGUGGACAAGGCCUGGCGUCUGGGCUGCAUGGAGAAGCACACAGCCACCCACCUGCUGAGCUGGGCACUGCGGCAGACCCUGGGCCCCAGCACAGAGCAGCGGGGCUCCCAUCUCAACCCUGAAUGGCUGCGCUUUGAUGUGGCCACCCAGGCCCCCCUGACCCCAGAGCAGCUCCGGACAGUGGAGGGCACCGUGCAGGAGGCUGUGCAGCAGGAUGAGGCCGUGUACACGGCAGAGGUGCCCCUGGUGCUCACUGCCUGUGUCCCUGGCCUGCGCUCUUUGGAUGAGGUGUACCCAGACCCUGUGAGAGUGGUGUCGGUUGGGGUACCUGUGGCCCGAGCCCUGGACCCCAUGUCCCAGGCUGCACUGCAGGCCUCUGUGGAGCUCUGCUGUGGGACGCACCUGCUUCGCACAGGGGCUGUGGGUGACCUGGUUAUUAUCAGGGAGAGCCAGCUCACCAAGGGCACCACCCGCCUGCUGGUCAUCACUGGGGAACAGGCCCAGCAGGCCCGAGAGGUGGGUAAGAGCCUGGCCCAGGAGGUCGAUGUGGCCGCAGAGCGUCUGAAUCGGGGCAGCAGGGACCUGGUGGAGGCUCAUCAGUUGUCCAAGGAUGUGGGACGACUCACAAAGGCCAUGGACAGAGCUGUGAUGCCUCAGUGGCAGCGGAGGGAGCUGCAGGCCAGGCUGAAGCUGCUGCAGCGCCACGCCAACACUGCCAUCCGCAAGCUGGAGCUGGCCCAGGCUGCUGUGAAGUCCCAGGAGCUGCUGAAGCAGCAUGAAAAGGGGCCUCUGAUUGUGGACACUGUGUCUGCUCAGUCCCUGUCGGUGCUGGUGAAGGUAGUGCGGCAGUUGUGUGAGCGGGCCCCGGGGACCUCUGUGCUCCUGCUCAGCCCCCAGCCAGUGGGCAGCGUCCUGUGUGCCUGCCAGGUGGCCCAGGGUGCCACACCUGCCUUCACAGCAGUGGCCUGGGCGCUGGCUGUGUGCAGCCAGAUGGGAGGCAAGGCCUGGGGCUCGCAUGUGGUGGCCCAAGGCACCGGACGCACCAUGGACCUGGAUGCUGCCCUCAGUGCAGCUCGAGCCUACGCCCUCAACCAGCUCUGACCCUAGCGCUCCAGGGACCUACAGAGACCUGGCACCCUGGAGGAGCCCUACAGCCUCCAAGAGGCCCAGUGGCUGAACCGAAGGAGGCCACCUGUCCCUGCCUGACACAAGGAGACACAGGCUGGGGACGCAGAAGGGGCCCAGAAGCGUCACUCCCACCAAAUGUGAAGACACGGCCACCAGAGCUUUGACUGCUCAUUAAAGUGGAUUUCAGAGCACA